AUGCUACCAACGACUGCGGGCGAGCCUACCAUCCGGCAGCUCUUCGAGCAUGCCCAGAUUCUGACACUGCGUAAUGCCUUGAUCAUCGCACCAAUCCUCUACGCAGCGUUCUAUCUAAUACACACCCUAUUCAUCUCCCACCAGCGCAAGAUCCCCGGACCAUUCCUCGCACGAAUAACAGGAUUAUGGGAGCUAAAAAAGGUGGUAGAUGGAGAUCUCCACAAAACAAUGGUCAAGCUGCACGAGCAAUACGGUCCCAUCGUACGCGUUGCGCCGAAUCGCUACGACUUCAACACGCUAGAAGCAACAAGAACCAUAUACCGGAUUGGCAACGCGUUUCCAAAGUCAAAAUACUAUGUCCCGUUCGGCUCGCAAGAUGGCCCGAAUCUGCUGAAUGAGCUCGAAAAUGGGCCGCAUGGUGCGAUGAAGAGACAGCUCGCGUCGCUGUAUUCCAUGUCGACGUUGCUAUCUUAUGAAGCCACCGUGGACAACCAGACGGCCAUCAUGAGGCAGAAGCUGGAGAAUUUUGCUGCGACGGGCGAGUUGGUGGAUAUACCCCAAUUCUUUCAGUACUACGCUUUCGAUGUGAUUGGCAUGAUUACUCUUGGAAGUUCCAUGGGCAUGAUGGAGGCGAAUACAGAUGUCAACGGCAUCUGUGCCGCGCUUGAUGCCGCCUUUCACUACACAUCUGUGACGGGGCUCUUUCCAAGCCUCCAUCCAUGGCUGAUUUCUCUGACGCGAGUGCUUUGCUUGCCGAUUCCUACGUCUCGAGUAGACGAUUUCGUUACGGAGAAGAUGGCGCUGCACUUGGACGAGGCUGCGCAAGUCGAUGGGUCCAAGAAGGGGGCAACAUUCCUGUCAAAGAUGCUUGCGUUGCGGAAUCAAGGCAAAGUUACCGACAGAGAUGUUCACGUCUGUAUAAGCAUGAACAUUGCAGCAGGCUCUGACACAACAGCCAUUAGUUUGAGCUCCAUCGUAUACUACUUAUAUACUAAUCCCAAGGUACUGGAGAGCCUUCGAUAUGAGCUGGAUGCUCAAUCGAAAGCCGGAAGACUGUCGGAUAUGGCGACUUACCAAGAAGCUCAGGAAAUACCGUAUCUUCUAGCUGUUAUCAAGGAGGCUCUGCGGCUUCACUCCGCUGUUGGCACACAACUGACACGCGUGGUACCCAAGGGCGGUUGCAUCAUAGAAGGACAUCAUUUUCCUGAGGGGGCCGAGGUUGGAGUUAAUAGUUGGGCACUUCAUUACAACAAAGAGAUGUUUGGCGAGGACGUCUAUGCAUUCAGGCCUGAACGUUGGCUUGAAGGCGAUAAGACGAACAUUGGGUUACCGGAAUCCUUUGCAUUCGGUCAAGGUUCCCGUUCCUGCAUCGGCAAAAACAUCAGCAUCCUGGAAAUGUCUAAAGCUAUCCCACAGGUAGUGCAGAACUUCGAUAUCGAUAUUUCCACUACGAGCACCCAAGCUUGGUCAACCAAAUGUCGUUGGUUCGUGAAGCCAGAGUAUAAAGCCCUGCUGAGACGUCGAGCAAAAUGA